AUGGGUUCAAUGCAGGAACGAAGCAUAGUCGAGGCGACGAUCUCGGAUCUCGCGUCGUAUUUGCAAGAUGGCCGCACCACAGCUGUUGACCUCGUUACCGCGUAUCUGCUCCGGAUAGCCACCUACGACACACGGAACACGUGCCUGAACUCCGUUCCACUUCUCAAUCCAGAUGUGUUCGAAGAUGCCGCUGCAUCUGACAGGCGUAGAGCUGCUGGACAAGCUCGAGCGCUGGAAGGAAUCCCAUUCACUGUCAAGGACAGCUACAAGGUGAAAGGGAUGACAGUGGGAAGCGGAAGCGAAGCAUUCGAGAACCUGGUCGCGAACGAGGACGCGUUUACCGUCAAAGCCUUGCGAGAAGCGGGUGCGAUCCUGAUCGGGAAGACCAACAUGUGCCCUAUGGCGUUCGGAGGGAUGCUGAGAGGCGUCUAUGGGCGUGCAGAGUCGCCAUAUAAUUCGAAGUAUCUAGCUGCAGCUUUCGCUUCUGGAUCGUCCAAUGGAAGCGGAGUAGCAACAGCAGCAUCUUUCGCUGCGUUUGGAAUGGGAGAAGAAACAGUCAGCUCUGGCAGGAGUCCCGCCAGCAAUAACGCGUUGGUCGCUUACACUCCGAGCCGUGGGCUCAUCAGUAUACGGGGCAAUUGGCCACUCUACCCGACGUGUGACGUAGUUGUGCCUCAUACGAGGACCAUGGAUGACCUGGCGGCAAUACUAGAUGUGCUCACGCGCGAGGAUGAGAAAUCAGUUGGAGACUUUUGGCGAGACCAGCCCUUUGUGAAACUGGAGCAGAAGCUCGCGCGUAGAGCAACCUCAUACGCGACGAUCAAAGACCGAGACUUCUUGCGAGGCAAAAGACUCGCAGUGCCCGCCAUGUACAUUGGCGAGCCAUCGACUGGCAGAGCAGUAUACGUGUCCGAUGCGGUCAAAAGCCUUUGGAGCACUGCGAAAGCGGAAUUGGAGCAGCUCGGAGCCACAGUCGAGGUAGUUGAAGACUUCCCGGUAAUGCGGCUCUAUGAAGAUCCGUCCUCACAUUGGCCCAGUAACUAUCCAGGAGAAGCCCGUCUUCCCAACGACUGGAACACGAUAGAACGAGGAACGCUCAUAGCUCAUGCCUGGGACGACUUCUUACGCGUCAAUGACGACUCGAACUUCCCAAAUCUUGCUGCCGCAGACUGGAAGAAGAUCUUCCCACAACUACCUCAAGACGACCCGCAGAUGAUGUUCUCUGAAGUGAAGAACGCCGUCCACUGGUCUAAGCUCGCGUCGUACGUCGAAACGAACGAAACCUGUCACGAGCCAGGCAAGAGCAAAAUGUUCAGCAUUCCCAACCUUGAACGCGCGAUCAAGGCCCUGGAAACCAUGAGGAAGCGACUAUUUGAGGACUGGAUGACGCAGAACGGCUACGAUUUUGUCGUCUUCCCGGCGGCUGGCGAUGUCGGAUAUGCUGAAUCGGACGUCGAUAUUGAGCUUGCCAGACAUACAUGGCGGAAUGGUGUCCAGUAUAGUAACGGCAAUCGAUGUCUCUGUCACUUGGGCAUCCCCAGCAUCACGGUACCCAUGGGAAUCUUGAAAGACAGGCGCAUGCCGAUGGGUCUGACGAUCCUUGCAAAGGCGUAUGAUGAUUCGGAAUUGCUGAAAGCCGGCUACUGUUUCGAGCAGAGCGGCCAAAGGAGAGCACUGCCCCCACUGACUCCACCGAUUCGGUCAGACGUGGUAGCUGAUGCUCGCGCUCAGCCUCCAACGGCAGCGCCUGCUUUGUCAGUCGAUAUCUGCGAGGCGACCAAAGGCUUCUCGAACAAGGCUGUGCUCAGUCUGGAGGGUCAUAUUGGGAUUACCGACCAGAGCCCGCCUGGGGAUAAUUUGCCCACCUUGCAAGUUUUCGUCGAUGGAAUUGAGAUGUCCGCCAAUGGGGUGAACCUCAGCCACGCUCAUGAUACUGCGUGGCAUUUCAUCGGCCAGUGGACUGUUUCUCGCCCGCCAGCUCAGGACAAGCGUAACAGCGUGUCGGUAGAAUUGCAAGGGACAGUCUUAUGA